GACUUUUUCUAUUACAGCAUCCUUCAAGCGUUUCAAGUUUUCGAGUCGAACGGAGAGCAAAUCAUCUCCGUUCCAAAAUCCUGUAGAAUCUUCAGUCACUAUGACUAUUCUAAUGACAGCGGCGCGCUCGUGAUGCGCUGCCAACGCUGACUCGGAGGUCCACCCUGGCGUCAAAAAGUCUCUUUUCUUUUCGUCUUCCCUGAAACCCGUUUAGUCGCUCUUAUUGGCCGCAUACUUACUUGCAAGGAGGUUUCCCCUGGAAUUCAUGUGGUCGUUUGCAUCGAAGAACCUGAACAUUGUCUGCGGGCGUUGCGUCUCAGUCCGACGACAUGCGUAGCUCAAGACUGAGCUGCCAAAAUUUGACGUCGAACGCAAAUUAUAUAUAUAUCCAGACACUCAGUCAAUGCUCAGCACUUGUGGAAGCCGUUGUCAGGCCGCUGUGAGACAUUCUUUGAGCGACAUACAAAAUGACUUCACUUCGACUUUUGCUUUGGAAUUUUUUUUUGGCAGCCAGAACAGUUGCCAUCACGGAACAGCCGAGUUUGGGAUAUACUACUCCUGCAUCGGUGGUGCCAUCACGCCCCUUCGGGUAUACGUGGCAACCUCCCCCAAGGGUUUCCUCCGUUGCGUUUCAUCCUCCUGCUUCGGGAAUCAUCCAUUUUUUUGCUGCGCUGUCUACACCGUUCGACUUUCAUAUCCGAAACCCUCCGUUCAAUGGCUAUCUGCUUGGUCAUCGUCGAGCGCGUUGUGUUCCAAUCAAGGGGGUUGACACCUCGCCAACGUUGACAAGGUCUUUCUGCUUACCAACCGUGCGGAUUAUUGUCACCUCCAACGCGGAGCGGUACCAGGUGGUUGAAAUUACGGGUGCAACCAAUGGUUCGUCCAUACGAGAACGUAUCUUGUCAAAGUUAUGUAUUCCGGAUGAUCGCUAUUCUUGGUUUCGUGUGUAUCAAGCCCAAGUAGGCACGUAUGCCAUUGGCAGCGCUCUAUCAGACGCGAUGCUGUUUGAAAUAUGCCUCCAGCAAGGCGACCCGUCAGGGUCGUUGGCAUUUUUUGUGUCUACGGCGCCAGAUCGACCGCCUAAAACUGCGGAACCUGAUUAUUCAGACACUUAUCUAUACUCUCAGUCGGCUGAAAUCGAUUCAAUUUCAGAUUUCUCGGUUGGGACAUCUCUUUCGUUGCUGUAUAUUACUGCUCCUGAUACUUCCCUGGGGUUCGGAAAAUGGGGGAUGGUGGGUAGCGGAAGCGGAGUCGAGUUGGUAUAUCACCCUCGAAUGCCCGGGAGUCUGGAUGAGCCACCAUCAGGAAAGGAGAGGUGUGAACUCACGGUCAACUCGUGUAUCAUAGAGAGGCAUCAUCAGUCCGACAUAAUAUCGGAGCUUUACAAGGGUCAUAUGGGUGAGAUGCCUCGUUGA